GUCACGUGACCAUAAUAUUUAGACGUCAUCAGCUGAUCGCGAGACGAGGCGAGUGACAGCUUUUUCCUCGGUGUUUUAUGCCUCCAAAGACGGGAAAUGUGAUUUAUCAUAGAUGUCUUGCCUACUGGAUCAAAUAGCUGCCAUUGGGAACACCACAGACGUAGUGCAAUGGCUGUGUCCACAUCUGACCCCGAGUGGCUCUCAAGGUUCUCCCUCUAUAGGGUCCACCUCUUCUCAGCUGACAGCAUCGGAGUGGAACGAAGAAUGGGAGGACUGGGGGGAUAUGGACCCAGGAGGAGGAACUAAGCCCGAGGGAGGAGACAACAGCACAGCCACACAUUCUUCAUCUUCCCCACAGCCAGAGACAUCAUGGCUAGCAGAGUGUUAUAUUGCAGCCUCUCCUACUUCAGACCUUAUGGCAGUUGGCUUCAAGAAUCGAUUAGCAAUAUUGUCACGUCGAUGGGAAAGUUAUGCAGAAGAGGAAAACAAGAUGCGUUUGGUUGUGACGUGGCGAGGGACUGUAGGUUAUGGUGCAAGCGAUGAAAUAAAUGCCAUAUUGUGUCUGCCGCUCUUGUCCCAGAAGCAGAGCAGCACAGGUGGACCAGACUGGACUUGUGUCAUCGUUGGAUUUACGUCUGGCUAUGUGGCUAUGUAUACUGAAUGUGGACUGGUCCUGCUCUCACAAAUCUUUGAAGAAGGGCCUGUGUUGAGUCUGAAGUGCCGCACUAUGACAGACGGAAGCAGGGCAGUUCUGUCACAGGAUACCAGCGAGGAACUCAUCAUUCUUUACCCAAGAUCUAUAACUACCAUUGAUGGAUUUUCCCUCUUUCAAACUCUCCGAGGCUGCAGAAAUCAGGUUGCUAAAGCUGCAGCGAGUGGGGGAGAGAAUGUGAGUGUCCCACCAUUAGGAUAUAAGAAAUGGGGUCUGGUGGAUCAGGGAAUGGUAAUGGAUUGCGCGGGGCCAGGCGUCACUCCCCCGCAUCUCUAUGAUCACCUGGCGCAGACGUCGCUCGCCAAGGGCUUCAAUCAUGUGGUGUCUUCCGGUGUACCAGCAUCUUCGCUCCUUCUCACAGUUGGGCGUGUUCCUUUUGUUGGUUUUCUGUAUGCCCAAGAAGGGUCAGCCCCACCGUUUGUUGCAGAUGUUGCCCUUCUUUAUGCAAGCAAGCUGAAGGAUGCACUUGUUUCAGCUGCUAGUGGUUGGCUAUUUGGAAGAGGAAAGAAUAGGGAAGCAGAGAAAUCAAAAGAGAAACCAAAAAUUGAACCUGCAACACCGUUGCCAUACAAAUGGUCUGUUCCUGACAAAAGAAGAACAGGGCUGUCCCUGAGUCUGGCCCCUGGACGAAGACUAGCAGCAGUUACAGAUGACUUUGGACGUGUCACACUGAUUGAUGUCCAGAGAGGAGUUGCCUUGCGGAUGUGGAAAGGUUACAGAGAUGCAGACUGUGGUUGGCUGGAAGUUGAGGGGGAAUGGGGGGGAAUGAAGAGGCAGGUUGCGUUCUUGCUAAUAUACGCACCAAGGAGAGGGUUGCUGGAGGUGUGGACCCCACAGCAAGGGCCAAGAGUUGCUGCAUUCAAUGUGCCAAAGCAUUCACGGUUAUUAUACACUCCACACACCCUGCUUGGUGUGAACAGCGUGCGAGGUGUCCGAUGUAAGGUCUUCCCAGUGCUGUUUGUGACUCCCGACGGGCAAAUUAGCGAAGUUAUUGUUCCUUUCCAUAUGGCUCUUGGAGGUAAGACAAGCAAGCGAGCCCGAGAUCUGCACCUUCUGAAGACCCUCAAGUCUCACCUGAGAAACAAUAAUGAGGAAGAGGUACUGAAGACCGUCUCCGAGAUAAAGACAUCGGGCGUUCGGAAACAGGCAGUCCAGGCCCUGAUCCUGUCGCAGCAUCUCACCUCGUCGCUGCUGCAGGGUUUACUGGACAUCUUUCUACCUGUUUACUGUCCUGGCACAGAAGAGGAUAAAGAGGACUGUGCUCAGAGCCAAGACCACGAGAGUCGUCUUCUCGGCCAGCAGCUUCUCCGCCUGAAGCAGCUGUUACAACUCUACAUGGUGCUGGUGGAGCUGCACACGAGCCGGGAAGCUUCACCGGACCCGGAUGAUGAAACCUUGGUGCUGGAACUUGCAAGACUUCUGGUUCUGACCCCAGCAGAAACCAAAUCAUUUCUUUCGACCUUUGAACAUUAUGCAAACUCCAAGACUACAAAUUCAAAGAAGGUCCGAUUUUCCGAUUCUUCUGUGAACUUUAGCAUAGGCUCUUUUAUUCGCUGCUGGGAUGUAACUGUAGGAUCUUUAGUGAAGAAUUUGGCCAACAAAACACUCCCUGUUAACAUGAAAGAGGACAUUCAACAAGAGAAGCUUUUGAGAUUGGGGGAGUUCCUCUAUGGCUGGGCUUGGCACAGUGAAAGCAUGAAGAAGUUCAGUCAGGCCAUUGAAGAAAGUGGAAGUAACCUGGAGUCCUUGUUGCACGUUGCACUACACCAUUGGUCCCUUUGCUGCAGUCCUGACACAGUGCCAGCCCUUCAUCUGGGCACAAUAUUUUACUGCCUGUCCACAUUGGCAGGAGAAAAGGUGCUCUGCGAUAUUAGCCAGCUGAGUCCCUGGUGGAGCUCAGUAAGGGAUAAACUAGUGGCCUCCACCCAGCCUUACCAAGCCUACAUUGCGGCACUCUUGUGUCGAGGCGUUCAUGCCAACCUUGAAGCUCGGUUGCAUUCCUCUGUGACAGAAAAUGCCUUGCACUUCAAAAAAGACAUUAUCCAGACCAGUGCAGUGGACGACACUGACCAGAAAUGCUUAUCUCUGAAUGAUUGGGAAGGGCUUUCGAUGGAGAUGGUCGAAUGGAAUCUGGUGAUUGACCAGUUAGAGUGUCUUCUUCCUCUCAAUCAGUUCCUGUCGCUCGUCCCAGAGAACGGGCCUCAGAGACAGCCCAAGCUCGAGGUGUCGGUGAAGGACCUGCUUGAUAAAGGGAAAGGAUAUGUUGCCGAGCUUGUUGCGAACUGGUUCAUUGGCUCCGGCAUGGAUCAUCAGAGCGUGGUACAACUUGUGCGAAAGCAGGAUGAGCUUAGAGGGCUGGGGAAGGAGGAGUCGGAAAAAAUGGAGGAUGAUUCAGAGCAGAUCGAUCAAAUGGAGGUCACCUCUGAUGCUGUUCCGAAUGACCUGAAGCAAGUUGAUGGGAAAAUAGCUGAACUUCUAAUGAAUGUCAGUAAGAAAUUCCCGAAUUCCGUGGCAGCAGAUUCAGUUCUAACGAAUAUGAGCUGGGAGUUAUCGGCAGCGUGGAACAAAACAAGGGAUGAUACUAGUUUGAUUUCGCAGGCUGUGAAGCUUGUUGGAAGCAUACGGAAUUCACAUAUUAGACAUGGUGUUUCUCUGAUGCUGUGGGAAACAUGGGUGUGCCAGUUUGUCCAACUAACAACAAGCCUGAUGGACAAAGUAGGGAGGAUACCCAAAGACAGACUAUGCCGCAGGGACCUUGGCCUCGGAGAUCAUAACCUUGCUCCAGUGCUACAGGCAGUACUCACUCUCCUUGAACAGAUUAUGGAAGCAAAUGUAGUUUGUGAGGUGGAGAAGCCAUUGGUUAUUCCAGCUGAUAGUUUCUGGAGUGGACAGGAAGGGUCACCAGCCUUGGUAGAGCUGACAGUGAUGCAGAAGAUGACCUGUUAUGACCUUGUGUACCAGCAUUACCAGCUUGUCUCUGUCCUCUAUCUAGUCACGCAACAUGGGCUGAAGUCUGUGAGGCCGCUGACCUAUUUUGAUGGCAAGGACCGUAGUGUCUUGUUCAAACCUCUGACAACCAGUUGGACCAUCGGAGGCCACACUGACCCAACCGUGAUAAAGGCUCGCUUAGCUCUUUUAUGCAGAGUGAUCACAGCUGCCGUUUCUUCGCUUCCAGACACUACAGAAUUUAAGCAGGGAGAUUCGCUGAGUAUUCGCCAGGCAAUAGAUCUUGGCAGAGCAUGGGGUACUUCACUAGAUGUUUUACACCGUCAUCAUAUAUGCGAACUCUACACUUCUGGGCUUGAUAAAUUAGCUGAAGAGGAGCUGCCAACCAUUAGUGAUGCUACUUUGCUGGGGUCGCAGCUGGUCCUCAUUACCGGGCAGAGGCUAAACUACCAGCUGGAAAACUCUCCGAGAACGGCACACCAUCUGGCACUAACCUCCCCUACUAUUACGGAAUGGAUCAAGUCCUGUGAUGCCGGAAGUCUUCGUUGUCCAGCCGCUCCCCUAGAAAGUACAGUGACGUUAUUAACACACGCCCUCAGCCUGUUGCCAGAAGAUGCACAGGAGCACAAAAUGGCAACAGCCCUCUACGACACUCUCACUGCAUUUGUAAAGGACCAAAGUAAUGCUGACAAGUAACUGAGCAACAUAAGUUCCUUGAGCAUUUUGGUAUGUCUUUCACCCACCACCUAUAGCCAUUACAAUAUCUGCUUAUAUAGGUAAUUCAUUAGUCAUACAGUACUGGAAUUGCAAUUGCUGUAUUAUAUUCAUUCAUCUUUUUUUAUGCCUAAAGUCAUCCUCAUUAUCAUAUCUGUGUUAGCAUUUACGUUUUAUUAUUAUUUAUUCACAUGUAACUUUGUAUUUCUAUUGUGUUUGUAUGCAAUAUUUUUCACCCAUAGGGAGCAAGGGUUUAAAAUUAUGUUCUUACUACGCUUUAAGCUCUAUGUCACGGACUAAAUGCAUAUAUAUAUAUUUUAAGAAGAAAACAAUUGUGCUUCGUUUUUAUAAUUUUGUCAUAUUUAAGUCAAUUCAUAUUUGUGAAGAUUGUCUUGUGUAAAAGUGACUAGGUUCAUUGUCAGUGCAUGUUAUUCACCCAAAGGGAUAUAAUAUGAAUGUAAUUUAAGCUUUUAUUGGUUUGUUAUGAAAUCUGACAAUAAAAAUGUAUCUAGUUUCAUCAUGUCAUUGUUGUUUCAAGUCUAUUCUUGUUAUGGUUGAAAUAUUGUUCAUUGUUUUCAGAAUAUAAAAUUAAUAGAAGUAUGAUUUUAAUAUUUGAUAUUCAAUAAAGUGAAUCCUUGCUAGAGCCUA